UCCUCACCCAAAGUUUUUCUUUGACAUGGAAAUGUAGUUAAGAUUCAUUGUCCUGUAUGUGAUCACACUCUCUAUAUAAUCCACAAUCAUUGCUAUAAAUUACAAUGAUCACAAGAAACAGGUAGAGUUGUACUUUGUUAGACACAAUGGCUCAUCUGCACAAGCAACAAAACUUAUGCUAUGUCACUCUCUUCGUCGCCCUGACCAUAAUAUAUGCUAGCAAAGCUGUUGAAGUCAACUUCCACCAGAACUACAAGGUUGUAUGGGGAAAUCAUCACGUCUUUUUUCUACAAAAUGGUAGAGAAGUUCAACUCUCAAUUGAUAAAACUUCAGGUGCUGGCUUCGGAUCAAAAUUGAACUAUGCUUCUGGAUUCUUUCAAAUGAGAAUAAAGAUACCCAACAAGGACUCUAGAGGAGUUGUGACAGCCUUUUAUCUUACUUCAACGGCCUAUGAACAUAUUGGAGCAAAACAUGAUGAGAUUGACUUUGAAUUCUUGGGAAACAAUGGAAAGCCUUAUACGUUGCAAACCAAUGUUUUUGCAAAUGAUGAAGGAGGAAGAGAGCAAAGGCAUAGCCUCUGGUUUGAUCCAUCAAUUGAUUUUCAUAUCUAUGGAGUCCUUUGGAACCAACAUCAAAUAGUGUUUUAUGUGGAUGGAAUACCAAUUAGAGUAUUCAAGAACAACUCCAAGGUGGGAGUGAGUUUCCCAUCACAACAAAUGCGCGUUACGGCUAGCAUAUGGAAUGGUGAACCUUGGGCGUCUAAUGGGAAGAGAAUUGACUGGAAGCAAGCACCCUUCACGGCUCAUUUUCAAGGUUUCAACAUUCAUGGCUGCCAAACCCUAAAUCGAAACAAACAUGUCUGCUAUUCUCCUCAUUUAUGGUGGAAUGAUCACAAACAUUGGCAACUAAACCCUCAACAACAAAAAGCAUAUGAAGAUGUGAGGAAGAAACAUUUGCUGUAUGACUACUGUUCUGACAGAGGAGAGCUGCAUAAAGAAUGUCAAAUUAAUUAGGUUAUUGAUAACACGACUAGUAAAUCUAAACUUUUAAAAAAAUAAGGAAGAAAAUUAAACCAGCAAAUGUAUUUAUAAAUGUUGAUUCAUAAGUUAAAAACACAUUUUUAAAAUAGUCAGUAAAAUAAAAUUU